GGAAGGAAGCUCUCAGUUGGCAUGUGUGUUAGAGGAAGAAAUAAGGAUUUGGGGAUUUCAACACUAUUAAAGCCUUUCUAAAGACGGAUAUGGAUGUUCCGGACCCUUCCCAUGGGAAUAUGGGGCUGCUGAGAACCUUUGACUCCUCUGAGUUUGGGAGCUGGGAGAAGAUAGGCUCGGGUGGAUUUGGACAAGUAUACAAAGUCCGGCAUGUACAGUGGAAAACAUGGCUAGCUAUCAAGUGCCCUCCCUGCCUUCAUGUAGAUGACAAGUGAGUGGGACAGCUAUUUUUAUUCUGGGAUUCAUUGUGUGUGGGGGUAUGAAGAAUGUUGUUUCAAGUAUUUAAGCCUAGACUACAUGAUAUCUGUUUGAUAUCCUCUGUGGGCUUCAGAGUAGAACGUUGUAGUUCUCUGUGAUUAUGAGUUUGUUCCUCUAUCUGAGGGUGUGAGGUAUGCUGGGAACUGGGCAGCAUGCUUAUUCAGCCUUAUGUCACAGACUCAUGGAUGGUGGACAUACACUGAGUGUAGAAAACCUUAAGAAGACCUGCUCUUUCCAUGACAGACUGACCAGUUGAAAGCUAUGAUCCCUUAUUGAUGUCACUUGUUAAAUUCACUUCAAUCAGUGUAGAUGAAGAGGAGCCGCCAGGUUAAAGAAGGAUUUUUAAGCCUUGAGACAAUAGACAUGGAUUGCGUAUGUGUGCCUUUCAGAGGGUGAAUGUUUAAGUGCCUUUGAACAGGGUAUGGUAGUAGGUGCCAGGAGCAUCGGUUUAUGUCAAGAACUGCGACGCUGCUGGGUUUUUCACGCUCAGCAGUUUCCCGUGUGUAUCAAGAAUGGUCCACCCUGUGGAACGCUUUCAACACCUUGCAGAGUCCAUGCCCCAAUGAAUUGAGGCUGUUCUGAGGGCAAAAGUGGGGUGCAACUCAAUAUUAGGAAGGUGUUCCUAAUGUUUGGUAUACUCAGUGUAGCUAACCUCUAUCACGAGCAGUUAUUGUCAUUGCACUUUAAAAGUUUGAGUGUACAACCUAGAAAAUGUAUCUAGAAAUGUGCACGUUAUAUGAACACCACUCUUCUCUCCUUUGGUCCACCUCCAUCAGAUCCCAUCAGGUUGCCCUUACUACCCUCUGAUUGAACGAGGGUCCAGAUUGGCCGCCAGUAGUUUUCUCAUGGUUUAGAAGGCCACAAAUACAGAAUGUUGCAAUAAUGAAAAAAAAAAGCUCAAUUUAAAUAAAACGAAAAAAUGAACUGUGGGAAGCAUUGGAGUCAACAUGGGCCAGCAUCCCUGUGGAAUGCUUUUGACACCAUGUAAUCCAUGCCCCAACGAAUUGAGGCUGCUCUGAGGGCAUGCCCUCUUGCGUGGGUGACCUGUGUCCUUUCACAUGUAUAUCAACAGCAGGAGGAAACUCUAGAGGCCUAGCUCAGCUGUCCCCGUCAGAAGAACAUCCUGUCACCAUCCUGUCACCCUACCCUAUCCUCUUCUUAACGGAUGUUUCCACUCCACCAUCUUGGAUGGAGUAUAUACCUGAGCCCCCCCGGGAGCCUCAAAGAGGACUAUCAACUAUUAUUUUACUCUGAAUAUUAGUUUCCUACUUUCUACUUGAUUUCAAAAUGAACCGCAGUUGAUGUGUUAACGAUUUACAACACUAUCUAAAGAAUCUGUACAAUAUCCUUUCAUUCCUUUGGCACAAAAUGUGUUGUUUAUGAAAUGGUGGCUUUACAUUCACCAGCAGUGGAGAAUAUUAGUGCCUUUGAACAUUUUUGGUGUCAUAUCAAAUUAAUGUUUCUAAAGGUGUCAGAGUAAGAGGUUGGGAACAUUGUAUUCAAGAGGCUUACAAUGUAGAGCACCUUAACCAUUCUGACCAUCUGUCAUUUGAGAGCUUUUACAGCUUUGAAGACAAUGAUUGGAUCAGGUUGCUUCUAAACUUAAUUUCACUUGAGGCUAUAUAUCCACAGCCCUAAUGCUGAACUUUCUGCUGUUGACAACUUGUUGAAGGAUUUCAUCACGGUCACAGACACUUAUAUUACAUUUUAGUAAUUUAAGGCGAUUCCAGCAUUAUUGGCAUUACAUUUGCAUGCAAAUUCACAACUUAAAUGUCUCACAGAAUGGACAAAAUAUAAAUCAAACUUUUUAUGUGUGUCUAUAGUACUCCUUGGGGGGAGUGUAUAUCCAAUAAAGCAGACAUUGUAAAUAUUGACAUGUUGGAGAAAUAAAGCAAAUAAGUAGUGUUAUGGAUGCUAUGUGAAAUGGACAAGCUUUUUGGGGAGACUGAACAUACUUUAUUAGCAAAAGUCUGAGUUUGUAAGUCUUGGAUUGCGUUUUCGAAGGAAAGGCAUGGCUGAACACAAACUAUAAUUUUUUUUUAAAUAUUGUUAUUUACAUUAUUACCUUUUAGAGGAAAAACAACCGUUAUAGAUGUUACAACUUCCAUUAUGGAUGUUACAGAGUCUGAAAUACACAUUCAAAUCUUAAAGAUUUAUUUAUAAAAAUCUAUCAUAACACAUGUCAUUUGGAAUGUUUUUAAAAUAUCAGCAAAAGGUAUACUACCUUAGGAUUGCGUAAUUACACGUAGCCUGAAUAGUAUACAAGGCCAUGCACCAUAUCCUAAUACAUUUUUUCUCUUAUAUAUAUAUAUUUUUUUAAGGAACCUUUACCAGUUGAAUUGCAAAUGUUUUGAAAUAUUGCAAGUAAAUGUGCAAAUAAAACAAUCUACAUUUUUUGGGGCUUUCAUUUGAAAAAGACACUCCAGGACAGUUCACAGAUUGUUCAUCAACACUUUUCUCAUCUUUCUAUUUUAAAAAAACAGUACUGCCAUGUAUGAGAAAUGCAUUUCAGCAUAUAUAUUCCAAGAGAAUCUUAGCUAGAAUACAUCAUUUUCAAGAUAUCAACAAUUGCUUCAGUAAAAGUCUGAAGAAUACAUCCCAGAACAAGCACACAAAAUGUGUUGAAUGCACAAGCUUCUGAAGCUAAGAUAUGAUACAUCAAUAUCCAUCACAUCCACAACCGUUAUGGAUGUUACAGAUAUCAUAAUGCUGAAAAAGGAUUCUGACAAUGAAAAGAGAGAAACCAGUUAUAGACCAUAUAAAACCUUGAUUAAAGUUAGCUUUAAAGAGAAAGUUUCAAGAUUAUCCGAUGUAAGGUGCAUGUUUUACAAAAUAACAUAAUGGGUGUUACGAGACAGUGAAGACACUACAAUUUGGUAUGUAUUGCUUCAUUAACAUCUCAUCUUUUUAAUUAACACUGGGGGGCAGCUGUUAAUGGAAAAACAAGCUCCGUGAGUCCCUUCUAAAAGCCAUGAAAUAUGAGGCUUGGCCACCUACUCUGUAAUGGUAAAGGUUCAUGCAAUCACCUACUUAAACCUGUCAUAUAAAGCCUGAACUCCAACAUGUAGACCUAAAAGAUAAUUAUGAAUGUGGUUUCAUUUUAUUUGUUACAUGCGCCGAAUACAACAGGUGUACUUCAUGGCUACAGACGUGAGUGCUACGGGUCGGUAGUCAUUUAGGCAGGUUACCUCAGUGUUCUUGGUCACAGGGACUAUGGUGGUCUGCUUGAAACAUGUUGGUAUUACAGACUCAGACAGGGAGAGGUUGAAAAUGUCAGUGAAGACACUUGCCAGUUGGUCAGCGCAUGCUCGGAGUACACGUCCUGGUAGUCUGUCUGGCCCUGCGGCCUUGUGAAUGUUGACCUCUUUAAAGGUCUUACUCACAUUGGCUAUGGAAACCAUGAUCACACAGUCGUCCGGAACAGCUGGUGCUCUCAUGCAUGCUUCAGUGUUGCUUGCCUCGAAGCACGCGUAGAAGUCAUUUAGCUCGUCUGGUAGGCUCGUGUCACUGGGCAGCUCGCGGCUGUGCUUCACUUUGUAGUCUGUAAUAGUUUGCAAGCCCUGCCACAUCCGACGAGCGUUCAAGCCGGUGUAGUACGAUUUGAUCUUAGUCCUGUAUUGACGCUUUGCCUGUUUGAUGGUUCGUCGGAGGGCAUAGCGGGAUUUCUUGUAAACUUCCGGGCUAGAGUCCCGCUCCUUGAAAGCGGCAGCUCUACCCUUUAGCUCAGUACGGAUGUUGCCUGUAAUCCAUGGCUUCUGGUUGGGGUAUGUACGUACGGUAACUGUGAGGACGACGUCAUCAAUGCACUUAUUGAUGAAGCCAGUGACUGAUGUGGUGUACUCCUCAAUGCCAUCGGAAGAAUCCCGGAACAAAUUCCAGUCUGUGCUAGCAAAACAGUCCUGUACCUUAGCAUCUGCUUCAUCUGACCACUUUUUUAUUGACCGAGUCACUGGUGCUUCCUGCUUUCGUUUUUGCUUGUAAGCAGGAAUCAGGAGGAUAGAAUUAUGGUCAGAUUUUCCAAAUGGAGGGCGAGGGAGAGCUUUGUACGCGUCUCUGUGUGUGGAGUAAAGGUGGUCUAGAGAUGUUUUCCCUCUGGUUGCACAUUUAACAUGCUGGUAGAAAUUAGGUAAAACUGAUUUAAGUUUCCCUGCAUUAAAGUCCCCAGCCACUAGGAGCGCCGCCUCUGGGUGAGCGUUUUCCUGUUUGCUUAUGGCCGUAUACAGUUCAUUGAGUGCGGUCUUAGUGCCAGCAUCGGUUUGUGGUGGUAAAUAGACAGCUACGAAGAAUAUAGAUGAAAACUCUCUUGGUAGAUAGUGUGGUCUACAGCUUAUCAUGAGAUACUCUACCUCAGGCGAGCAAAACCUUGAGACUUCCUUAGAUAUCAUGCACCAGCUGUUGUUUACAAAUAUACAUAGACCGCCACCCCUUGUCUUACCAGAGGCUGCUGUUCUAUCCUGCCGAUAAAUGACUAACUUUAAUUGUGCAUGCUCAGGUUGACUUACACUGAAUCACACUUUAGCAGACACUCACAAACAGAGUUUGUUGCCUCCUUUUAAUUAUUUUAUUAUGACCAUUUAUUUCACUUCUCUACCCUAAUGCUUUUGCACAACAUUUACAAAGGAAAAUGUCAGAUACACAGCACAAGGAGGAAGUUAUUUAGCUUCACCAAUGACAAGCGUUGACAUCCAUCUCCAAUCCGUGGUAGCUAGACUCAUGGCACCCGCUAAACCUGAACUAAAGAUGCUAUCUACUCGGAACAUCUGAAAAGUACAUAAACUGUAAUUUGCCUGCCUGCACACUGCCUCCACACACUCCUCUGACUCAAAGCCAGCUUUGUCUGACUGGGUCCCAACUGCCUUCUAUGCAGACGAUGUUUGGUGGAAACAAUAAGAGAAGUUGUAGAACCGGUCUUGCUGGGCUCCUCUCCCUUAUAAAAAGGGUCAUUGUUUGGUUCUGAAGGGUUGUUGAGCUGAGUGUUCAGGAUGAAGCCAGGAGAUUAUGACUGUCAGCCCCUCUCUUUCCCCCCAAAUCUCUUAAAUACACACAUUUGCACUGAUUUUUCAUGCUUAUCAGAUUUAUUUGAUGAGAAGGCUUACACUUUUAUUGAACUUGAAUGAUUUCAUAAUUGACCCUCCAAACAUAAAGAAAUGGCUGCCUUAGUGACAGACUACACUUCAUCAUUUUAUCUGCUUCUUCUACUUUUUAAGGUGUUAUCUCAUCAGCAUGCUGAUUUGACAUUGAAUGAGUCCUUUCUAAACCCAAGUCGUUGCUCAUCGCCUUUGUAGUGAAGACACUCCCGUACACGCACACACAUUAUUCAUGAUGAUUAAGCAGUUUAUCUGAGUUUGUUUUCAAAGGGACCUCUCCUUGAGAUCUCUUUAUUGAGGUCAGUGGUGAUAGGCUACUGCUCUGUUUGCAUCUGCUAGCCUAGCCGGGCUAACACUGAUAAAGGUAAUAGGAAAUUGUGCAAAGGUUGAGCAACAGGACCACAGAGAACAAGAGGUCUGUUGUGUUCAUAACUCCACACAUAUCUGGAUGCUUUGGGUUGGCUCUUUAUGAGGAAUGUCAUUAAGGCCUAGCUUCAAAUGCGUCAUGUCUGCAUGGGUUCACUGAUUUACUGCACUGUCAGAGAGACUGGUUAAUGCAUGGGGAAUCUCAUGCAUCUCAGUUUGCUGUCUCCUUGUAUUCUCCUGUGUAACAAAGUUGGAAUUUGGGUCAAUGGUAAAAGGUAUUCCAAAUGGUGCUGUUUUAACAAGGCUUAGAAUACCUGUGUUAGUAAGAUAAGAGAACAGCAUUUUACGAAUUUGGUGUGGAUCGAGGGACGUAGAUGGAUGGGCGGGUUUAUGAGGACAGCUAAACCUAAAUUCCCUUUACUCUGUACAGUAUGAGUUAUGUAGUUAAAUCUGAACAGACAGGUAUACAAGGCCUUUAUGCACCACUUGGCGCAAUGAAGCCUAAGUAAGUAAGUUAACAGACAGGUAUGUCCUCUGUAGGGAGCGAGCGGAGCUGCUGGAAGAGGCUAAGAAGAUGGAGGCGGCUAAGUUCCGUUACAUCCUGCCAGUGUAUGGGAUCUGUGGGGACCCCCAGGGCCUGGUGAUGGAGUACAUGGAGACAGGCUCCCUGGAGACCCUACUGGCUGCUGAGCCUCUGCCCUGGGAGCUACGCUUCAGGAUCAUCCACGAGACGGCGGUGGGCAUGAACUUCCUGCACUGCAUGAGCCCACCCCUCCUGCACCUGGACCUAAAACCUGCCAACAUCCUACUGGACGCACACUACCACGUCAAGGUGAGAGACGACUGUUACUUGAUGUGUUCAUUGGAGUUCGCACAGGGCGCUGUGUGGGAAGAACAUUUGAGACAAUUGUUCCUGAAAUACACAUUGCAUUGGUUCUAAAUUGUGAAUCUGCCUCUCUGGUGAGGCGGGCGAACUCAUCCAAACACUCCUACAGUAUUGCUACUGCUUCCAUAACUGUUACUACUGCUACUGGUUCAGAAGAUUGGUGGUACACGUAGCCACAGUAUUAUGUCAUGGUGUGUUUAAUGUUGAGUCAUGUUGUGAAGAGCCAAUGUAGUAACGGCCUGAGGCUCAGUUGCCAAAGGAUUUUAGGCCAUCUGCUCAACAUAAAUGGGUCAUUCCACGAAAUGAGUCCCUUUUGGGUAGCGUAACUUGGUGGAAAAAAAACAUUUGAUUUCACAAACAUUUUACAUUCUGUCAUGAAGAGCACAUUUAUUAACUUUUAUUUCAUCAGGGGAGCCCAUUGAGACCAUGGUCUAAUUUUCAAUGGUGCCCUGAGGACAUAAAAUAAAAUAUAGAACUACAAGAUACAAUAACAAGUACAUUACAUUAGAACAUCACAGGCAUCAUAAAUAAAUUAAUAGUCAAUCAAUCAAAACAGUUCCUCAGAAAAUGGCCAAAAACAGUAGAACCAGCUCACCUCCUUUUACACUAUGAUUUGACUAUUAGAUGUUAAAUGUUUCUUUAGAAAAAAAUAUUUUAAAAGGAAUAGUUUCACCAUAUUAAAACGAGAGUUCAGUUCACAUAACAGGGUUAACCUUGUUCCCUUGUUGAAAUGACUUUGUCAAAGCAACAAAAUAACUAGGGCUUACAAUGAUGGUGAAAACUUGGGAAAAUGCUGGGGUUUAGGCACUUUAGCAAGUCUUUACUGUAUGUAUAAAAAAUCAGAUUUAUUGAAUUUUCCAGGUGAUCUAUACUAAAGGGCACUUCAUUUAAUAUAACAGGAUUUUAAAAUUCAAUAUUGGCGCACAAUUUAUACUUACAAUAUCAAAGGGAUGCAAAAAGCCACUUAUUUCAUGGAAGGACCCAAAUAUGUCAAAUUAAUACACUGUCUAAUGUUAGAAAAGUCCGAUUUGACCUAAUAGUGAGUAUUUAGUAAACCUUCACCCAAAUGAUGUAGCAUGACUCUUUUAACACAACAGCCCAAACUCAAGAGCUUCAAGUCCUUUAAUAGGAUUGGCUCAAGGAUGAAUUUCAGCUGACAGGUAUCUGUUAUUCACUUGAACGUUGCUUUAAAUGGCAGUUCUGUUGCACACACAUGCUACGGGCAGAAAGGUGUCUCCCACCCAGCCUUCAUCCACCUGAUCUCCUACCUCCCCCUGCAUGACUAAUGGUUGGAGGUGGAGGAGAAAUGGGUGGGAACCUUCCUUCAACCUGUCUGUUUUAAUACCUCCAUGUAAACACAUAGCCUGGGCCUGUCUUAACAGGCUGAGGUACUCUGCCAACACUGACUAAGUUUGUGUUUGGCUACUCGCCCACACAUGUAACUCAGUCAAAUAGGGUCUCAACUUCUGACACGAGAGGUAAGGAAAGCAUCCACAAGCUAGGACAGGACAUGGCUGUGAGGCACCCUCAGGCUAGGACGUGGCUGCCUCUGGCCUCAUCAUGGAUCUGGAUGCAUAGAAUACAAUGAGGGCUCAGCCAUCAGCUUGAGGGUAAAGUUAGUCAUAGGUAGCCAUAGCCAUAAGAAUAAUGGGAAAGACUGAGAGUUCCAGUGGGUUCUUGUCUUAAUAAGAUAUGUUCUGUAUAUCCCCAUCUCCCCCUUAGAAAUCAGAUGUUGGUCUUGUCCUAACAAGCUGUGUUUUGUUCUGUACCUCCCAUCUCCCCCUUCAGAUAUCAGAUUUUGGUCUGGCACGAUGGAACGGCCUAUCCAGGGUUGAUGAAAUCAGCCGUGACGGGUUCUGUGGCACCAUCGCCUACCUGCCGCCGGAGAGCAUCAUCGAGAAGGACAGGGUGUCAGACACCAAGCAUGACGUCUACAGGUGAGUGUCUUCACCUUCACUUCACUCUGUCCUUGUCUGCCAGAGGAGUGGAACGUUGUCUGUUUCAUGAUUAGUCAUGAUGUUUGUCUAUUCACUUCUUCCCUCCAUUGUUUGUUUUACAAUAUUUGUUUUAAUCAAUAUGAAUCUGAAUUGGAUUUACACUGAGUGUACAAAACAUUAACAAUACCUGCUCUUUCCAUGACAUAGACUGACCAGGUGAAUCCAGCUGAAAGCUAUCAUCCCUUAUUGAUAUCACUUAUUAAAUCAAUUUCAAUCAUUGUAGAUGAAGGGGAGGAGACAGAUUAAAGAAGGAUUUUUAAGCCUUGAGACAAUUGAGACAUGGAUUGUGUAUGUGUGCCACUCAGAGGGUGAAUGGGCAAGACAAAAGAUUUAAGUGCCUUUGAACGGAGUAUGGUAGUAGGUGCCAGGCACACCGGUUUGUGUCAAGAACUGAAACGCUACUGCAUUUUUCACGCUCAACAGUUUCCCGUGUAUCAAGAAUGGUCCACCACCCAAAGGACAUCCAGCCAACUUGACACAACUGUGGGAAGCAUUGGAGUCAACAUGGGCCAGCACUCCUGUGGAACGCUUUCGACACCUUGUAGAGUCCAUGCCCUGACAAAUUGAAACUGUUCUGUGGGCAAAAGGGGGAGCAAAUCAAUAUUAGGAAGGUGUUCCUAAUGUUUUGUACACUCAGUGUAUAUGAAUCAGUUAUAAGUUAUGCCUGGAAAACACAUAGUGAGGCAGUCAUUCAAUCAUUUAUCACUUUUGAUAGUAUGCCUUGAUACUGAACUGUUAUUAUUGCCUUCCUGUUACAGCUUUUCCAUAGUCAUCUGGGGAAUUCUCACACAGAAGAAACCUUACCAAGGUGAGACAUGUUGAGGAAAUGUAUGGAUAUUCUGUUCUCCUGUAAAGACACUUACCGGUACAUUUUAGUCAUUUAGCAGACGCUCUUAUCCAGAGCGACUUACAGUUAGUGAGUGCAUACAUUUUUUUCAUACUGGCCCCCCGUGGGAAACGAACCCACAACCCUGGUGUUGCAAGCGCCAUGCUCUACCAACUGAGCUACAGGGGAGGGUUUGUCUUCUAAAAUGCACUCAUAGUCUUUCUUAAACUCAAAGUGCCAGGUUCCAGGACCACAAUAGAGCCCCACAGUGGAGGUGUCAUAAUACCCAUGAAACCUAGCAGUCAAACAGGGAAAUGGUUCCAAUAUUUUUUCCCAUAUGGAGAUUUUAGAAAGGGCUGUGUUUCGUGUAGGCUUACCCUAGCGUGAUGUUUUGAUAACCAUGUAAAUCUCUCUCGGACACCUGUGUCUGCAAUUUUCCAUGUUCCUCCUCCUUCUGUUGAAGGGUAUUAAAGAUACCAAAGAAGCCAGGGUGGUCUGAGUUAAGUCUACUGCCUCUGUUUGCUUUGAAUUAUUAACUGACUGGCUGACUGGCUGGUCCCAACGCCUGAUAACAAAGAGACCAUUAACAGAAGGAAGCCUAAGAGAUUUUUUCAGGUCUAGUGUGGGAAACAAACAAAACUUCUAUACACCUUCCUUAUCUGAGCAUACAGAAAGAUGUUAAUAAUGAAGUGUACAUACUAGUAUCAGUCUUACUCAGAUUCGUUUAUGUUGCUUCUCUAUACUUUCAACAGCACACGAUCGAGGCAUAAUUGAUAUGAUCCAGGCUUUAAUUUGUCUUCAGAAUAAUGUGACCUUAGUAGACCUUAUGGACUGAGUUAUCAUAUGAACAGCAGAGAAUUGAAUGUGUAUCAAUGUGUCUUAUGUCUUGUAUUGACUGUAACCAUAUGUCCUCUAUUUCCUCCAGGGGAGAACAACAUCCUGCAGAUCAUGGUAAAGGUGGUAAGAGGGGUGCGCCCUGACCUCAAUGUUGUGCCCCGGAGUCGACCCCAGGCCUGCACGGGGUUCAUGAGCCUCAUGCAACACUGCUGGGCCCCCUCACCUGACACCAGACCCAGCUUCCAGGGUGAGUAGAGACCCAAUAGGGCCUAUGUCGCUAAAGGGUGGGUGUUUGUGUGUAUCUUAAAGCUUUAAAGAAGUAAACUGGGUUAAACUGGGUUGCACAAAGUGAUGAUGUACUGUGCAUAGCUUUCUGAAAAGGUGAAAAUCAAACCAAGGGAUGCUAUUCUGUACACCUGACCAAACAUGACCUUUGUUGUUUUCUGUCUGCAGAAAUCACAUCAGAAGCUGAGGAGCUGUGUUCUAAACCCCAAGAGGAGUCCAAGACCAAAACUCCUGAGCCCGAGAAUAACCACUGCCAUGGACUAACCACUGACCAGGUAUAACCUCCACACAACAUUCACUUAUAUUCCCCUGCCUUCUCCCUCUGUUAUUUCUAUUGAUUUCUAUCAUCUUCUUCUCCUUGGCACUCCAUACUAUAUAGUGUUCUGUCAGUCUUCUUUGGUGUUCUUCUGUAAUGUAAUUAGAAAACCCUCUGGAAUGUCUGAGGGUCUUUUUAUGAGAUUGAUUUCCUGUGUACUGGACUUGUUAUUGUUUCCAUAAUACAUACAUAGUCAAUGUUUGAUCCUGACAAACAGUUUCAUCAUGAAAUAAGAAUGCUGUCCAGCAGCAUUGUUUAACUUGGUUAACUCUGCUGUGUCACAUUCUGAAUGCUUGGUGCUGGGGGUACGUGACAAACUGACCGACAUCUGUGUAGAAAAUAUGACAGAAUUUCAAAUCAAAUUGUAUUUGUCACAUACACGUGUUUAGCAGAUGUUAUAGCGGGUGUAGCGAAAUGCUUGUGCUUCUAGCUCCGACAGUGCAGUAAUAUCUAACAAGUAAAUAUCCUACAAUUUCACAACCUAUACCCAAACACACCGCACCAGGCUGGGAAGACUGAAUCUGCAAUAGGUAAGCAGCUUGGUUUGAAGAAAUCAACUGUGGGAGCAAUUAUUAGGAAAUGGAAGACAUACAAGACCACUGAUAAUCUCCCUCGAUCUGGGGCUCCACGCAAGAUCUCACCCCGUGGGGUCAAAAUGAUCACAGAACCACACGGGGGGACCUAGUGGAUGACCUGCAGAGAGCUGGGACCAAAGUAACAAAGCCUACCAUCAGUAACACACUACGCCGCCAGGGACUCAAAUCCUGCAGUGCAAGACGUGUUCCCCUGCUUAAGCCAGUACAUGUCCAGGCCCGUCUGAAGUUUGCUAGAGUGCAUUUGGAUGAUCCAGAAGAGGAUUUGGAGAAUGUCAUAUGGUCAGAUGAAACCAAAAUAUAACUUUUUGGUAAAAACUCAACUCGUCGUGUUUGGAGGACAAAGAAUGCUGAGUUGCAUCCAAAGAACACCAUACCUACUGUGAAGCAUGGGGGUGGAAACAUCAUGCUUUGGGGCUGUUUUUCUGCAAAGAGACCAGGACGACUGAUCCGUGUAAAGGAAAGAAUGAAUGGGGCCAUGUAUCGUGAGAUUUUGAGUGAAAACCUCCUUCCAUCAGCAAGGGCAUUGAAGAUGAAACGUGGCUGGGUCUUUCAGCAUGACAAUGAUCCCAAACACACCGCCCGGGCAACGAAGGAGUGGCUUCGUAAGAAGCAUUUCAAGGUCCUGGAGUGGCCUAGCCAGUCUCCAGAUCUCAACCCCAUAGAAAAUCUUUGGAGGGAGUUGAAAGUCUGUGUUGCCCAGCGACAGCCCCAAAACAUCACUGCUCUAGAGGAGAUCUGCAUGGAGGAAUGGGCCAAAAUACCAGCAACAGUGUGUGAAAACGUUGUGAAGACUUACAGAAAACGUUUGACCUGUGUCAUUGCCAACAAAGGGUAUAUAACAAAGUAUUGAGAAACUUUUGUUAUUGACCAAAUACUUAUUUUCCACCAUAAUUUGCAAAUAAAUCCAAUACACACAAAACUAGUAAGGAAUGGAAUUUAAGAAAAUAUACAUAUAUGGACAAGCAAUGACAGAGCGGCAUGGACUAGGAUACAGUAGAAUAUUGUAGAAUAUAAUGCAGUAUAUACAUAUGAGAUGAGUAGUGCAAGAUAUGUAAACAUUAUUAAAGUGACUAGUGUUCCAUUUCUUAAAGUGGCCAGUAAUUUCAAUAGGCAGCAGCAGCCUCUAAUGUGCUAGUGAUGGCAGGUGUUAUUGUGCAAUGUGUGAAAAUGAUAUAUUGGUGAAGAUGAUAAACAGUCGGAGAAAGGCAUGAAGACUGGGUUUGAGAGGGAAACUAUUCAAAGGCCCAGUGCUGUCAAAAACGUGAUUUUUCCAGUGUGUUUUAUAUAUAUUUCCACUCUAUGAGGUUGGAAUAAUGCUGUGAAAUUGUGAAAAUUAUGAUAAUGCAGAGACCGAUCAGGCCCAAGUCGGCCAUGCUGCCAGAGAAAGACUACAGCCUAUCAGAGCUGCUGAGCCAGGUGGACUCUGGGAUAUCUCGGAGCUUUGACCGUGUGACGGAGGACUGCUGUCCCAGCAAAGACAACACCAGCAAGAGACUGUCUGGGAUCUCCUCUGUAGACUCUGCCUUCUCCUCUCAAGACUCCAUCACCCUCUCCUUUGAGAAAGAGAAUACCUGUGGUAAGACUGGCUGCUAUGGUGAUGGUAGUCAAUACAUUGUGGCAUUGUCUAUGGUUUUCUUUAACAGAUGACAGGAAUUCUCAUUUCUCAGGGUGUUAUAUCCUACAUAUAAGUAGUACAGUUCUGAAUUACUUCUGGAGCAUGUGGAGUGUCUCUUUAACUUUAGGACAGUUUCUUUGUCGUUUUGGCCCAGACUCUAUACUGUAUCUUCUAUCUCCUUGUUGUUUAGACUCAGGGGAGGUGCAAAGGAGGAAGCUGUGUGACGCCAUCCGUACCAAAGACAUGUCCAAGCUGAUGAAGAUCCUGCAGCCUCAGGACGUGGACCUUUUAUUGGAGGGCGGCUGCAGCCUGCUCCACCACGCUGUCACGCAGGCCAACGAGGAGGCCGUCAAGUUCCUGCUCCUCAACCACGCCAACACCAACCUGGCCAACGCUCGCGGCUCCACACCCCCUCCACCUGGCCACCGAGAAACACCUGAAGGGCCUGGCCGAGCUGCUGCUGGGCCGUCGGAGUACCAACGUCAACGCCCGGGACGAGGACCAAUACACGGCCCUGCACUGUGCUGCUCAGAACGGGGACGAGGCCAUCACCCGCCAGCUGCUGGACCGCGGCGCCUCCAUCAAUGAGACGGACGCCCAGGGUCGCACGCCUGCACACAUCGCCUGCCAGCACGGCCAGGAAAAUGUGGUCAGGGUGCUGCUGAGCCGAGGUGCAGACGUCCACGUGAAGGGCAGAGACGACUGGACGGCACUUCACUUGGCUGCCUGGCAGGGCCACCUGGGCAUUGCCAAACUGCUGGUGAAGCAGGCUGGGGCGGACGUAGACGGGCAGACCACUGAUGGGCGCACGCCGCUGCAUCUGGCCUCCCAAAGGGGGCAGUACAGGGUGGCAAGGAUCCUGAUAGAGCUGGGGGCAGACGUCCACAUGACCUCCAUGGGCCUCCACACCCCUCUGCAUGUGGCGGCUGAGACAGGCCACACCAGCACCUCCCGCCUCCUGGUCAAGCACGAUGCAGAGAUCCAGGCCCGGACUGCCCAGGGUCUUACCGCCCUCCACCUCGCUGCCCAGCGUGGCCACUUGCCCACAGUGAAGAUGCUGAUGGAGGAAGGGGCAGAUCCCUACUGCACCAAUCAGACCCUGCGUACCCCCUGCCACCUGGCAGCAGAAGGGGGCCACUGUGAGGUCUUCAAAGAGCUUCUGGUCCACUGCCCUGAGGGUGUCAGUCUAUCAGACGAACAGGGCCUCACCCCUAUGCACCUGGCUGUGAGGGGAGGCUACACAGAUAUCACCAGCAUGUUGCUGGCCCAGGGGGUGGAACUAUCACUGGAAGUACCACAGGACUCCAUCUCCCAGCAUACACAAGAGUCACAACAAGACUCCAUAACCCUACCACAGGAAGUACUACAGGACUCCAUACCCCUGCCACAGGAUGUACCACAGGACUCCAUCCCCCAGGACACACUGCAUCCAACAGCAGAGGACUGCCCAAAGCUCCUGGCUCGUUGGCCAAGCCAGUUGGCCUUGCGGCUCCAGAGGAAGGUUGUAAUCUUGAAACUGACGGAGCGUGAGGGUAACGAAUGUCCAGAGUCCACUGGUGCACUGUGA